GUCGUGUCUCUCCAUCAUCCUUUGCAGAAACCGGCAGGCCCGCGUUAAGACUAUCCGCCUUGAAACUAGCUAGGACAAAUGGCAAAGUCUACGUCUACGGGAUGGGACCCGGUACUUCUCAUAUCUCAGAUUGUCGCGAUGCAAACCUUGCACUAUCUUACGUUGGCCAUCCUCAUCCCGCCUCUCCUUACAAUCUUCUGCAAGUCAGACGUGCUGGACUAUGUCGGAGGUGCGACCAAUGUCGGUAUGGUCAUGGAUUGGCGCGAGCUAGCCAGUAGGCCGACCAUUCAUACUGCACAAGGAUCCUGGGGCUCGUGGAAUAGCGUCUGGAGCGGCGGCAAGCAGGUUGGGGCCGGAAGUCACUUGGCCGGUCAAUGGGAUGGUCUCGUUGACCCACGGCGGGGUUGGAUUAUCGCUGCUUGCUGGCUUGCAGCAUCUGGUGCCGACAUCUAUUAUCUGUAUAUCCUCAUUCGCCGUCCGCGGAUGAUCCUGGACUUCUCGUUGACGCUCAUAUUCAACCAUCUGGUCCUCACCACAUAUUACGCCGCUUCUUUUCCUACGACACUGUUCUUUUGGGGUGUCAUGACCAUCGGUGCGGCCAUGAUGGUCAUUGUGGCCGAACAGUUGUGUGUCAAACGCGAGAUGACCGAAGGUUUGACGGUGGCCGCCCCUACAGAAGACGACGAUGUGGAAAUGGGGAGCUUGUUAAGGCGCGACUAGGCAGCAGGGUCCAAGCACGUUGGCUUGCCGUGCAUUCGACGUUCAUUCCGUCGAAGACGAUCGUGGUGGCUUGUUGGUGUGGUCUCUGUUGAAAUCACCCAUGCGGCCUGGAAACGCGGCACGCCAUUGGUAAGUCGCAUUUGGAUACUCCGCAGCCUCUCACCGUCAAGCUCAUUGUCUU